UUAAAAAGCUCAAUUUUAGGCCUUAAAAAUCUACAGAAAUAUAGGUGUAUUUAGGUCUUAAAUCUUUUAUUAUUGAAUAAUUAAAUGAAUAAGAAAACUUAAUUUUAUGAAUGAAUAAAUAUGUUAUGAGCCAGCAGGUGGCGGUCAGUCCCUAUAUUAAUGGAGGAUUCCUGGUGGUUCAUUAAAUCAACAGUCGAAUGGAUCUGCUAUGCUUCGUACAAUAGUGGAUGAAUUUAAGCCUAUAAACAGCUUUUUUAGAACAUUUGAUGGCAAAACACAGCAAAACCCGCUAAUUGUGUUUAAAAUGUAAGUCACUUCAUACUCAUUUAUUUUGUCGUUAUUGAACUUGCAUAUAAAUGUUCUUCAUUUAGCGUGAUGAUAUCAGAAACUGCACUCAUGCUGGUGUAAUACUACAAUAACAACUAAAUCGUAUCAAAAUUACAUAAUAAAUAAUCCAUAAAGCAUCUUUCUUUCCAUAUCUUGACUUAAAUAUAGAUUUCUCCAGCUAAUGAAUAUUUUCAAGUGCUAGCAACACUGCUAGCGAAUGCUAUAUGAGGCGUUUUGUCGUACACGGCUAAUGUUUUGUUUAUUAUUUUACGUAUUAAUCUUGCGCUGGAUUAGAUGUUGUCUUUAACAAACCUCUUAUUUGUUAACUGAUAUUAGUAACAGCGUUUAGGUUGACGUAAUGUGUUUGUGUGAAUGUUUUAAUACAGUAAGUGGCGUUUUGAGCAUUUUUCAAACCUCCUGACAGGAACGCGUGACGUGAGCGCGCGUGUAUCCCGGUGUUCUAAAUAGAAUCCUCUGUUGGUGUUUGGCGUUCGGUGUAGUUGGCGGUGUUUUGUGAGAUUUGCGAUUUUACUUUGAUUACUUCGGCUUGAUUCUCGGUUUUUGACUUCUUUCUCGGACUUGACUUACGAUUUUGGAUUCCCCUCGUGUUUUGGCUCUCGGUUUUCGACUCGUUUCUGGUUUUGACUCACGAUUUUGGACUGCGAUUUUGAACUCCCGGUUUUGACCCUUCACCGGUUUGACCCUCGGCUUUGGACUGCGAUUGGUUCCCCAAUCCUCUCCUCAACAUGGCAGUCUUGUCAUUGUGUGUAAGUAACUUAUACAACAUAACACAGUUACACUUAAUAAAGAGAUUGUAAUGUUUUUAUUCCUCAUAUCUCUUGUUUGCAUUGACAUGUGUAUUGCAAAGUGAAUUCAGGUGAAUUGGGACACUUUUCCUUAGGCAUGUCAAUGGCAAAAUGUGUCCCAAUUUACUUGACUUAACACGCAAAUGUAUACACAAUUGGCUACAAUGUCAUAUUUCCUGACUAGAAUACACACUAUUAAACAUGUAAACUCGUUUUUUCUUGCUAUUCUUCUAAUUUUCUGGCUUGUGCAGGUGGAAACACCAAGUGUUAAAUUUGGUGUGCCACUGAGUCACUUGAGGCGAUGUGGACAAAUGAGGCAAGGCCUUCCUCUAGUACUGACAGAGAUGGUGCAGUUCCUGGACAAGCAUGGCCUCCUCAUUAACGGCCUCUUCGGCGUUGAUGGGAAGGUGAAACAGUACCAGGAGCUGAAGAAAAGUAUUCACAAUGGAGGCUUCCCGGAGUUUGACUUCAAGGAUGUUCAUCCUUUAGCCUCGUUGUUGAAGUUUUUCUUGAAGGCCCUGCCUGGAGGCCUCAUUCCAGAGCUGCAUGGGAAGCAACUGUUGCAGGUGUUUCAGGAUGCAAAAGAGGAAGAACGCAAUACAUCAAUGAGGAGGAUCCUGAACACUCUACCAGAGGAACAUCUUAACGUCCUCUCCUACCUCCUGUUCUUCCUCUCCCGUGUGGCCACCAAGAGUCAGCAAAACAUUCUGUCCACCGAGAAUCUGGCUAUGGUGUUUGGACCUGCCAUCUUUCGUGCUCCUACUGUGGUUGAUGAACAGCAGCAGUAUAACACAUUGAUGCUGCAUCUGCUGGACAACAUCACACAUCUGGUGCCUGAGAUGUACCCUCAGCCAUCGGCCAGCAACGAUGAAGAGGGUGUCCAACAUCUGCUGCUCACAGAACUCAAAUCAAAACCGCCAGCUUCUGGACGUCUUGGGCAGAUGAAGAAAAGAUUGCGAGGGUUUUGGAGAAGGUUUUGCUACUGCAUCAACAGCAGUGAGUGAGACAGUCUGAAGACUCAAGAGUGGAGGCCCAGGUGGAGAACAAAAGAAGACGCUGGGCAUGGGAAGGGGCAAGAAAAAAUUAUGGGUUUGGUGAGGGUCUCCAGCGAAAAAUGGGUUUGGUGAGGGUCACCAGCGAAAAUGGGUAUGGUGAGGGUCACCUAUGAAUAAUGGUUAUGGUGAGAGUCACCAAUGAUUAAUGAGUUUGGUGAGGGUCACCUAUGAAUAAUGGUUAUGGUGAGAGUCACCAAUGAUUCAUGAGUUUGGUGAGGGUUACCGGUGAUAAUGGUUAUGGUGAGGGUCACCAAUGAAUAAUGGGAUUGGUGAGGGUCCCCAGCGAAAAAUGGGUAUGGUGAGGGUCACCAGUGAUAAAGGGUUUGGUGAGGGUCGCCGACGACAAUGGGUAUGGUGAGGGUCACCGCCGAAAAUAGGAUUGGUGAGGGUCACCUACAGAAAUUGGGUAUGGUGAGGGUCACCGAUGGACACUUCAUCGUACUGUCAAAUGUACUGUAUCUGUCAAAGUGAAAUAAAAGUGUCUGUUUAUCAAA